AUGCCCGCCCGCACGCGUUCCGCCGCGCUGCGCACCGCGGCCGCCGCCGCCCUGGCGCUGGCGCUCUUCGGCUGCGGCUGCGGCUUCGUGGCGCCCUCGGGCCGCCCCCGGGCGGAUCUGCCGACGCGGGCCGCGCAGCCCCUGGCGGUGGCCGGCGCGGCCGCGCUGCUCGCCGCGGCGCCCGCGCCGGCCUACGCCGGCGGCAUGUUCGACUUCGGCCUCACCCUCCCCUUCGUGGCGAUCACGUUCCUGACCAUGAUGGCCACCCUCAACGCCCUCUGGUACGCACCCGUCGGCGACGAGAUGGAGGACAGGAACGCCAAGCUGCUGGAGACCCUGUCGCAGGCGACCGACAAGCUCACCAAGGCAGACGCGAUCCAGGUGGAGUACACCGAGAAGAUCCGCGAGGCGCGCGAGAAGGCCUCGGCGGCGGUCUCGGACUACCGCAAAGAGAUCGAGAAGAGCAUCAAGGCGAAGCUCGCCGCCGCGACGUCCACGAGGGCUGCCCAGGCCUCCGCCCUGCAGGCCAAGCUGGAGGCCGAGGUGAAAGCGAAGAUGGACGCCGCCGAACCAGAGAUCGAGAAGCGUAAGGCGGCCUUCGUGAAGGAGCCAGCCACUAUGUGCAGCUUCCUGCUCACGACACUGCUCGUGGCGAACCUCACGGCGGCGAACCGGCUGAUGAAGCGGCGCGGGCCCGACCUCACGACGCACGCGUGGCUGGGCGGGGUGCAGUUCCUCCACAACCUGCUCCACCUCACCGGCCCGCGCACGCCCCAGCCGUUCGUGGAGGCGGACGGGCUCGGCGCCGCGGUCUUCAACGGGGAGAUCUACAAUCACAAGGAGCUGGCGGCGGAGCUUGGCGUCGCUGAAGGAGGCUCCGACGGUGAGGUGCUCCUGCCAGCCUACAGGCGCUGGGGCCCGGCCUUUGUGCGGCGGCUGGACGGCGAGUUCGCGGCCGCCCUCGUGGAUUUCCGCGGGGCUGGCCGGGUGCUGCUGGCCACCGACGUCUUCGGCACCAAGCCGCUGUGGGUGUCGCGGGGCGCGCCCGAAAGCGAGCCGCCGCGGGACCGGGCGGGCUGGGCCGUGGCCUCGUACCGCAGCGCGCUGAGCGCGCUGGGCUUUGAGGAGGCCGAGAUGGUGGGGCCCAACUCGGUGCUGUCCUGCGACCUCGCCACGCUGGGGCGCUGCGGGCGCUGGCGGGCGUUCCGCUUCGACCUGAGGCAGCGGAAGGACUCGUACUCGGACUGGCGCCGCGCCGUCGCGCGGGCGGUGGAGAAGCGCGCGGCGGCGGAGGCAUCGGGUCCGAGGCGCGGCGUGUCCCUCGGCCUGUCCUCGGGCCACGACAGCGGGGCCAUACACGCCCUCCUGCUGCGAGCGAGGCUGCCGCACGCGGCCUACGCCAUCGUCGGGCCGGAGGACCGGCAGAUCCUGGAACGGCGACUCCGGUAUGCCCUCGACGCCGAUGGCGGGGCCUCGUGGGCCUGCUUCGCGGCGCUGGAGAUGAGCCAGGAGCAGUUCUGGUGGGAACGCGCCUGGGUCCGCGCCCUCGCGGAGCCCCACGCGACCGCAGCGGAGGGCCCAGGCGCGCCGGCCUACGAGGCGGCGAGCAACCCGGCGUUCGUCGGCAGCUCCGCCGUGUGCCGGGAGGCGGCCGCCUCGGGCAGGAGGGUGCUGCUGAGCGGGCAGGGCGCCGACGAGACCAUGACGAACUACGGAGACCGCGGGCGGGAUACGACGGACCACCAGGGCCGUGCGUCGGGGGCCGGCGCCAACGAGUUCGCGGGGCUGUACCCCGAGGACCUGGCGUCGGUCUUCCCCUGGCACGGCUUCUUCCGGGGGUCCAACCGGGACUUCACGCACACUGUUGAGGCGGCCUGCGGCGCGCACGGUGUGGAGGCGCGCUACCCUUUCCUGGACCGGGCGGUGGUCCAGGAGUGGCUGUGGCUGACACCCGCUGCCAAGAACGCCGCCUACAAGGCGCCCGUCGAGGAGCUGCUCGCAGAGGCCGGGUAUCCGUUCACCCGUGGCGUGAAGACGGGCUUCGGGGCGCGGAAGGACCUCGCGGAGGGCAGGUGGCGCGGCCAGGCCUGGGUGCACGGCCGCGCGCUGGGCAGGCACCCUCUGGGAGACGAGUUGCCGCCAGUCUUCGAGACCUUGGACUUCCAGGCGCUGCCCGCCAUGAAGGCGGACGCGCGGGCGACCAGCUGCCUGCAGCGGCUGCCCGGCGGGGCCACCGACGUGCUCCGCGUGGCCUGGCUCGGGGCCGCGCAGAUCUCGCGCGCCGACGUGCUGCGGGCCCUGGUGCGCGGGUGCUGUGGCCUUGGCGGCCCCGGGCGCCAGAGCGCCGCGGCCGGCGAAUGCGCCGGCGCCCUCCUGAACAUUCGGAGGGACGACGGCGCCACGGCGCUGCAGCUCGCCGAGGAGGAGGGCCAGGCUGGCAUGGCCGCUGAGCUGCGGCAGCUGGCCUGCCGGGCCCUGGACGGGCUGCGGCGCGCGGCCGUGCUGUUCGCCCCGCUGUCCUCCCGGGAGGCUCAGCUGCGCGACGCGCUGGGCGAGGCCUCUGGCGCGAGCGCCGACGGCAGCCUGGAGGCGCUGGCGGCCAGGCUGCGCGCGCGGGGCGCCGCGGAGUGCGGCCCUGGUGCCGCGCAGCUGCCAGGGGCCGCCUGGGGGGAGCAGGACGGCCCAGACGAGGACGUCGGCUUCUUCCUGGAGCACGUGGCGUCCGUGGCGCUGGAGCCGGGGACGCUGCUGUCGGCCGAGUGGCCCGGGGCCAGCCGGCGGGAGCAGGCGCGCACGCUGGCUCGGGCCAUCCUGAGCGGCGGCCGGCCGCCUCGCGAGGGCGAACAGAAGCCCUCCGAGUGCGCAGCAGCCGAUGUGUGA